UGUUGGAACACUGAAGCUGUUAGAAGAAUAUGUGGUGGUGGCAUGGAAAACGGGUAUGAUGCCACACGCACGGAAAACACCAGUUCAUAUGGAGAGACCACCAAGUCCCUGUGGCGCCUGGCUUCUCGGCUGCCUGCUCACUCUAGCCUUCCUCCAGCUGCCUGCUCAGGUGUCAGGGGAUGCUGACAAGUUCCACCUGGCUCCACUCGGGGGCACAGCCGAGCUGCCCUGCCCUCUCCUGCUCUGGCCAGGCAUGGUGCUCAGCGAGGUGAGGUGGCGACGGCCUGCACACCUGCCUGGCACCUCGCAGGCUGUCCACGUGCUCCGGGAUGGGCAGGACAGUGAUGAAGACCUGAUGCCGGAAUAUAAAGGCAGGACAGAGCUGGUGAGAGAUGCCAACAGCUACACUUUGCACAUCAGGAAUGUGAGGCUCGAGGACCGAGGGCCGUACCAAUGCCAGUUCCGGGUCGGAAACCAGAGUCGAGAGGGCAACGUGACCCUGCAAGUGGCAGUUUUAGGUUCUGACCCCUUCAUCCACGUGGAAGGCUAUGAUGCUGGGUGGAUCCAGCUGGUCUGCCGGUCAAUGGGAUGGUUCCCAAAGCCAUGGAUGGAGUGGAGAGACACUGAGGGCAGACUGCUCCUAUCUGUAUUGGAGAACCACUCCCUGGACGAAACUGGGCUAUUCCGAACAGCAGUAUUCAGCAGAGUCAGGGACAGUACUCUGGGAAAUGUGUCCUGUACUGUCCGCAACGAGUUCCUUGGCCAAGAGAAGAAAGCAUUCAUGGUUAUUGGAGCCCCAGCUCCUACAAGUCUGUCCUCUCCAGAGGUGGCUCUCUCUGUGGUCUUGCCUAUCUUGGGACUCCUCAUCCUUCUUGGCAUUUGGGUCAUCUGUAAACAGAAAAGGUCAAAAGAGAAGCUCCUCUAUGAACAGGUGAUGGAGGUAGAGAAUCUUCUGGAAGACCAUGCCAAAGAAAAAGGAAGACUCCACAAAGCCCUCAAGAAACUCCGGAAGGAAUUGAAGUUGAAAAGAGCGGCUGCCAACGCAGGCUGGAGAAGAGCCCGACUGCAUUUCGUGGUGGUGACCCUGGACCCUGACACAGCACAUCCCAAACUCAUCCUGUCUGAGGAUCGGAGAUGUGUGAGGCUUGGCGACAAGAAGCGGCCUGUCCCUGACCACCCGCAGAGGUUUGAUUUUGUUGUCAGCGUCCUCGGUUCUGAGUGCUUCACAACUGGCUGUCACUACUGGGAAGUGUACGUGGGCGAGAAGACCAAAUGGAUCCUUGGCGUGUGUAGUGAGUCCGUGAGCAGGAAAGGGAAGGUCACAGCCUCACCUGCCAAUGGCCACUGGCUUGUGCGACAGAGCCGUAGGAAUGAGUAUGAAGCUCUCACGUCCCCGCAGACCUACUUCCGGCUGAAAGAGUCCCCAAAGUGUGUGGGGGUUUUCUUGGACUACGAAGCAGGAGUAAUCUCCUUCUACAACGUGACUGACAAGUCCCACAUCUUUACAUUCACCCACAGUUUCUCCAGCCCCCUCCGCCCUUUCUUUGAACCUUGUCUCCAUGACGAGGGGAGGAACACAGCCCCUCUCAUCAUUUGUACUGAACUCCAGAAAUCAGAGGCAUCAAUUGUCACCAAACAAGAAGAAAAAAGUCAAGCUAAUGGAGACGUGUCCCUGAAGAUGAACCCAUCCUUACUAUCUCCUCAAGGUUCUGAGCUUCUCCCAUUCCACGAUACCUGGCCAUCUAACCUCAGCCCUGCUCUUCAGGGGUUCAAGGCUCCUUCUUUGUAGGGCUGUGCCCUGUGAUCCACUCACAUGAGCAUCUUCUAGCCUGGCACCCUGGACUCUGUCUCCUGGCCCAGCACCUGUUUCUCCGGUACCUCAUCUCUUUGACCCAAAUCCAGACCCUUCUGUGGUUUCUGUUUGUGCCACCUUUCUCUCAGAGCUCAAUUCCGAAUGCUGCCUUUUUCCCCUAGAGAUUAGACAUUUCCAUUACCCUGGUGGGUGAUUCUUGAGAUGAACAAAGCUCACUCGGCAGAGGUUUAGUAGGAGACAUUGGCUGGAUCUCAGCAGCAUUCAGUGCAGGCUCAGGGGAAAAGACUCCGUACCUGAGGGAACCCUGAGAGGAACUUCUCACAGCAUCAGCCUUCUCAGUGGGUUUUCAGUUGUGAAGCUACAGCCCCAGACCCCAGACAUCUUCCAUUAAAGCCUGUUAAAGCCUGUUCUUCUCUUCCCCUCCCCCACCCCCAAGUUCAGGCCUCUAUCUCCCAAAGCCAGCUUUUCACAAGUGUAUGUCUUGUGAAUCACACAUCCUUCCUUCUUUGUUCAGGAGUGAAACCGAGGUGUCAAUACCCCACUGAUUUCUAUUUUCUUCAUGCUGUUUACAUCACAAUUUGGAGACAUCCAGAGUAUGUUUUCAACAGCUGGUCUGAAAUGGAGACAUCUAGAAUGUACAUGUUUUCAAACAUUGAUUGACCUACAUAAUGACCAGGAACCAUAAUCCCCAGAAAACCUCAACAUAGGAGCGGGUAGGCACAGCUGUAAACAAAGCAGGCAGCUGUGUGGCCUUGAGCAGAUGAGUCACUCAGCAGUCUGUGGCUCUGGCCCUCUGAAUACCUCAUGAAGUUCAGAGAGGCCCAGGGAGAGAGUGGCAGUUUGAGCCGCUCACCUCAGUAUACCAACAAGUCUGUUGUUCUUCAAGACUUGACAAGAGCCUCUGGGUCAGAAAUUGCUGCUUUCAAGAAAGUUAUCUAUUCAAGAUAUCUUAUUGCUGGGUAUGGUGGUGCACAUCUUUAAUCCCAGCAGGUGGAUCUCUUUAAGUUUGAGACCAGCUUGGUCUACAGAGUGAGACAAUAAAAUAAUGAAUUCAGAGCUGGAAAGAUGGCUGGUCGAUUAAGAGCUUAUUGCUCUUGCAGAGGACUUGAGUUUGGUUUCCAGCACCCAUAUUAGGUAGUUCACAACCACCUGGAACUCCAGCUCCAGAGGAUGAGACUUCCUUUUCUAGCCUUCAAGGGCACCUUCAACUCUUUGCAUAUAAUGAUAAAUCAAUACACACACACACAUAAUCACAUAUCCUUUUUUUUUUUUUUUGGAUGUGGAUUAGUAAAGAAGGCAAGUCACUUCCAAGUCAUACCUGUGUAUGUGAUUCAGACUAUUUGUGGAACUUCCCAUCAAUUUGCAGGUGGGAAGGCAGCUGGACCCUUCUGGAACUAGAUCUGUUACAAGUUCUUUCCAAUAGUGCCUGUAUUAGUCAAGAUUCCAGAGAGAAACAGAAUCAACAGGGUGUUGGAGUGUGUGUGUGUGUGUGUUUGUGUGUGUAUGUGUGUGUGUUUGUGUGUGUAUAUGUGUGUGUGGUGGGGGUGGGGGCAGAAAAUAAAUAAAUAUGAGACUGAAGUUGGCAGGUUGGAGACCUAAAAAGAGCCAAUGUUUUAGUUCCAGUCCAAAGCGGGGAAAGAGCUGAUGUCCUGUCCAAAGCCUGACAGGCAAAACUGUUCUGAGAUCUUCCACUGACUGGAUGGCUCCUACUGGAAUUAAGGAGGGUAACUGCUUUACUCAAGCUACUGAUUAAAUGUUAAUCUUGUCCAAACUAUCCUCAUAGAGACAACAAGUAUAAUGUGUGAUGAAGCAUCUGGGAACUUUGUGACCUAGUCAAGGUGGUAUGUAAAAAUUGCCAUUACAUGGCCUAAAAGGAAUAUUUUGUUUGUCUUUGUACAGUUAUUAAAUUACAAUUUUUAACAUU